GCCGGAAAGUGUUGGGUAUUCUGAGAAAUGAAUAUUCCUGAAUGUAAGAAACAAUUUUCGGGACGUGAAGAUUGCUUCGAAGAGAAAGACGUUCGAUAAAAGAAUGACUUUUCUUGGUUUUACUUACACGGCUGGAAGAGACAAGAUGGCGGCCACUCCAUCACCUGUGAUAAAGAGGAAGACGAGCAGAAAAUGGCGGUGAUGCGAAAAGCCUUCCAGAUGUUCGACACAACGAAGAGCGGCUUCAUCGACACCCUAAAGAUCUCAACUAUCCUGAACACGAUGGGUCAGCUCUUCGACGACGCCGACCUCAACUCCCUGAUCGAAGAAAACGAUCCCGAAAGAACCGGCAAAGUCAACUUCGACGGAUUCUGCAAGAUCGCCGGCCGCUUCCUUGAAGAAGAGGAUGCCGAAGCCAUGCAGGAAGAACUUAAGGAAGCUUUCAGGCUUUACGAUCGCGAGGGAAACGGAUAUAUCACCACCGCAACCCUGAAGGAGAUCCUCGCCGCUCUCGAUGAUAAACUGACCAACUCUGAUCUCGAUGGAAUCAUCGCUGAAAUUGAUACCGACGGUUCUGGCACCGUAGACUUCGAUGAGUUCAUGGAGAUGAUGACCGGAGAAUGAAGGACCUCGGGGAGUUUCGAGGACCAAGAAGAUCGGAGGGGAUCAGAGGCCAUCUUCGGGGACCUUCUUCGAGGUCGAAGGUUAUUCGAAGCCGAGGGUCCUUCCUGGUGUGACUUCGCGUCAUCGGAUCGUUACCAUCGGCGACCUGAGACUAUUAAUAAAGUUAUUACCUGGUGCUAUUUUCAA